UUUCAGGUAUCAAAUGUUUAUUGACAACUUUGGAGAUAAACUGGACUUUGCCUUUACACAUUCUUGUCUGUUCCAACUAUCUUGGAGCUCUUUUAACCUUCCAGAAAAGGAAAAAGGAAAGGCUUUUGAAUAGUGAGAGGCAGCUAGUGCAUGCAUAAUAUUAAUAACUAUGAUGAAGCUCACACAAGUCAUCUUUUUUGUAUGUAGUUACUAACAAAAAGUUGAUAAGAAAAGAGUUCUGAAUGCUUGCUUAAAUUUCAAAUACGAUGCAGCAAGUAAUUAUUGGCCUAGAUACUGCUGAAAUGCUAAGUGAGCUAGAGUCAUUUGGUCAAUCUGAAGUUGAUUAUGGCAUAGAUGAAUUUGACGAUGAGGACAGUGAUAUUGAUGACGAAGAUGACCUCGAUGAAGAUGACGACGACGAUGGUGAUGAAGAUGAAAGUGACUAUGACAAGGAUUGGGUUGCCAUUCUUGAUGAUGAAGAUCAGGAUGGGGAUUCUGACGGGUCAUUGGGAGACUGGGCUAAAUUAGAAACCAUGCGCUCUUCUCAUCCAAUGUAUUUUGCCAAAAAGAUUGCCGAGGUUGUGACAGAUGAUCCUAUAGAUUUUAUGGACCAGCCUCCUGCAGGUCUUGCUAUACAAGGUGUUCUAAGGCCGUCCUUCCUUGAAGAGCACACUACUAUUCAAAAGCAGAUAUCCGAACAUAGGCUGAGUGACGCUGACUUAAACCAGAUGGAAAAAGAUGAAGACCAUAAAGAAAAGGGCGGUAUUCAAAUAAAUGGCCACAAACAUGAGAGUGGAUCAUCACAAGAUAGCCCAAGCUGGGCAGAAUUGGAGAAGGAUGAGAACCUAGGAAAUGGAACUUCAUUUUACAAGCUAGAGAUGAUCAAAAUUCAGUUAAUUUCUUCCAGUGGGAAUCAGAUCUUUGUUGAGUUAGAUGAUUUUAGGAGAGCUAGGCCUGAUGCGAUAGCACAUUCAGCUGCCAAAAUAAUAUCUCGGCUUAAAGCUGCUGGAGAGAGGACUACACAGGCUCUUAGAUCUCUCUGUUGGAGAUGCAAGGGAAUUCAGGUGGAGGUAUGGCCCUUCAGCCUUUUUUUUGAUAAGGUAAAUUGUAUUAAUCAAAAGGGAGAAAAAACUCUUGUAUACAAGAAGUAUACCAAAAAGUAGAGAAUUUACAUCAAAACAUGAUUCUCUACAAAAGACGCCCAAUCUUCUAUACAAGUAGGGGCUAUAUGAGUGCACCAAAAAACGAUCAAAGAUAAAAGACUAUUCUUAAGAUGUGAAAAAGGAGACUCAAUCCUCUCAAAAGCUCUCAUAUUUCUCUCCCCCCCAAACUAUCCACAUGAGAGCUAACAGGGCGAACUUCCACACCUUUUGCUUUCUUCUUCUACGGAAACCGGCCCAGCUAUAUAACAUUUCCUUUACAGUGCUUGGCAUCACCCAUUGAACACCAAAAAGAUUCAGGAUUGCCCUCCACAAACCCGAGGGCACAGGGCAAUGCAACAAAAGAUGAUAAACUUAUUCCCCUGAGCUUUUACACAUGUAGCACCAACUAACAAGUGUAAUUCCUCUCUUUCGCAGAUUUCCAGCAGUCAAGAUCAUUCCCCUCGCCGCUAGCCAUGCAAAAAAGCACACCUUCGUAGGCGCCUUAGGAAUCCAGAUCGAGGAGUAUGGAAAAGUGGCCUCCUCUCUCACUAACAUACUCUGGUAAAAGGACUUUACGGUGAAUAAACCAUCGCCACGCAACCUCCAUCUCCAAGAAUCACAAGAUGGCUGGGGCCUGUCUUGCCCAUAUAGCAUUGUCAACAAAUCUUGGAGCUCCGCAAUCUCCCAAUCUUGCAUGUUCCUUCUAAAUGAGAGGUCCCAUACUACCCCCCCUUCAUGCUCCUUGCGAAUCUGUUGGACCAUCAAUUCCUUCUGAUUUGAAACUCUGAAGAUGUGGGAAAGAGACCCUCAGAGUAUCCUCUCUACACCACCUGUGAUUCCAAAAGUUGAUUCUCCUUCCAUCUCCAACCCUGUAAGUGAUGUUGCCAUUGAAGGCUUCCCAAUUCUUCAUGAUGCUCCUCCACAUGCCACACCCGAAAGGUGCUGUGAUUGCCUUGGUCCUCUAACCCCCUCCCGUGGAAUCGUACUUUUCUACUAUGACCUCUUUCUAUAGAGCAUGCUCUUCUACCCCGAAUUUCCACAGCCACUUCCCGAACAAAGUUAUGUUGAAUACCCCAACAUCUUUUACUCCAAGUCCACCCCACUUUUUUGGCGAAGUGACUGUCUGCCAAUUCACUAGAUGAAAAUUUCUAGUUCCAUCCGCCGCAUCCCAAAGAAAAUUCCUUUGAAGCCGCUCCAGUUUUUCUAUGAUGCUCACAUGAGCUUGCAACAGGGACAAGUAAUAGGUGGGCAUACUCGAUAAAGUGCUUUUAAUAAGCACUUGCUUACCGCCUUUUGACAAGUACCGUUUCUGCCAGCCUGCUAAUCUUUUUUCAACCAUUUCGAUCACUGGAUUCCAAACAGUAGUAUCCUUAUGCGAAGCGCCCAAUGGGAGACCCAGGUAAGUAGUGGGAAGAGAGCCCACCUUACAUCUGAGAACAUAAGACAAAGCAUCAAUGUUAGCAACCUCACCCACUAGGAAAAUCUCACACUUGACGAGGCUGAUUUUGAGUCCUGAUACUAUCUGAAACCAUUGCAGGACCUGCUUCAGAUAGGUCAACUAAUCCAUAUCGGCAUCACACAAAACCAGGGUGUCAUCCGCAAAAAGCAAGUGAGAGACUCUUCGGGCACUGAGCACCCCGAUUGGAGCUAAGAAUCCUCUCAAGAAGCCUCCGCCCGCCGCACGAUCCAUCAUUUUACUCAGAGCAUCCAUCACUAGAAUGAAUAGCAUGGGGGAUAGGGCGUCACCUUGCCUGAGACCCCUGGAGCUGCCAAAGAAACCACACGGGCUACUAUUAACCAAGAUAGAGAAUCUGACUGAAGAAAUGCAGAACUUGAUCCAUCCCCUCCAUCUUACCCCAAACCCCAUCCGCAUCAUAAUGAAAUCCAGGAACUCUCAAUUGACAUGGUCGAAAGCCUUCUCAAGGUCCA